AUGUUGCCGGAACCGCCGAUUUUUAAAGAAACUUACGUCGUAGGCGUGGGGGAAGUCGAAUUUUUGGACGGACCGACGGAAAAGUUGUGGAAGCAAUGGAAUGACCAGAUCGCCAUCGAAGCCUGGAGUGGAGAUGACGUCAGUAUGAGGACGCUGACUCCAAUUCUUCCGACUACGCGAUGCGUCUUCGCCCGACGGAAGGAUACCGGCGACUACCUUGGCGCCGUAACGUGGAACGAGUACGACGGGUACACCUUCAUCGGGGGUGUCGGCCGGGUGCUGUGGGACCGGGCUACCGAUCGUUGGCCCGCGGGUCAACCCCAUAUUUUGAGAGCUGUCGCUGAAAUGGAACCCUACUACCGGCGUCGAAAUGGGAUGAUAGGCGAGCAGAAUCUGAUCAUGUAUAUGGAUCACUGGCGGAAAUUCUGCGAUUAUCUGGAGCCAGAGGCCUUCUAUUAUCUGGACACCACCCUGGUCAGCGAACUCAACCCAAAACAAUUCCAAAAGCUGCUCGAUUUCGACAAAUACAUGACAGGACGUGAUCGCUCCGAAUUCCUUCGAUUGCACUUUGGCCUUGAAAAGACAGAAGGCGCCGUUGUGUUUGGUGACGAUGGAAAUAUCUGGGGAAUGGCCUCCGUUGGCCCGACCGACCGGCCGGACGACCAUCGGUGGAAAAUCUCGCCGAUCUACGCGGAAACACUGCCGGCGGCUGCCUCACUGGCCAUACGCAUGGAAAAAAAUUGGGCCGGCUCCCAGGACGACCAUGCACACGUUUUGGUCCAAAUUCUUGAUCUCACACGAGGCGAUUUCGAACUGGGACCGGUGUUGGCUAAACACGUGAAGCCCCACAAGGUCGGGGUCACGCUCUACAACCGUAACUACUAUAACCCUAUCCGACUCCACAACCUCUACGUGCCCCACAAUAAUUCCGGCCAUUUUGAUGCC